AUGACCAUGUUGAUGUCAGUGAGCUGGGCAUGGGUGGCCGAUAGAUAUCAAACCCAGAGCCAUGGUUGGGGAUAUUGCGGGACAAGGAAAGCCCUACGGGUUGAUGUCGAAAGUGGCGUCCCAUCCCCGGUCCUGGGCCACCACAGGACAUGGUCGGUGGUGACAUGGCACCUUUCUGGCAUCCGCGGUGACGGAAGGGCUAGGCUCAGCUGGAAAGGACAUGCAGCGCCAGAUAGGAAUUGCAUGGGUUUGAGCCCGGAAUCGGGGACCGUGCAGGAACCGGCCCUGGCGGCUCUCUCCCGAGGCGAUACACUAGAUAUAGGAGUACCCGGUAAAGACGGGGCCGGGCUUCAUGUCCCCAACAAAGUAGCUCGAUGGUGGCGAGCCGGAAGUAGAACGUCUCACAUCACAGGGCCGGCGGAAACUGUGAUGGGCCUUCGAAAAAGAGCCGAGAACAAAUUCGACCAGCAGGCACGAUGCACACGACAGCCGAAUCUCUACGGUCGUUGCGCCAGCCCGAGCGACAAGCUGAACACACAACUACACGAUGCACACUUGCUGCCGCACGGUGAUUCGCAAGUCCGGCUACGCAGAGUUGCCACAUCGCCAAACUUGAAGCAAGAGAGACCCAGCUGGGUGCAGAUUGACGGUCGGUGA